AUGAUCAACUUUUUAGUAGGAAUAUUUAUGGUGUUUGGACCAGUUUUGGGAUAUGUAUCACAGUACAAAACAAUAGAGAAAACAAGAAACACAGAAGGGUUUAGUCUCAAGGUAUCAUUGAUUCUCUUUCUAUCAAAUAUUCUAAGAUGUUUCUUUUGGAUGGGCAAACAAUUUGAUAUUACACUUCUUUAUCAAUCGUUGGUAAUGAUUGUAGCUCAAUUGGUAAUGUUAAAUCUUUGUGUGUCUUUAAAGUCUCAAGAUCAACUAGUUAAUACAAAGUCUAGAAAAUCUACUUUAACAUCUAGUUUUACAAAUCAAGAUUUCUGGGAUUGGGAUUCAAUCUUUCCAUAUUUAUUAUUUUUAGGAGGAUACACAUUCAUCUUUUUUAUGACAAGUUAUUACUUUUUAUAUGUACCAGAAUACUUUGAACUAUUAGGAUCAUUAUCACUGACAAUUGAAGCCACACUUGGACUUCCACAAUUGUUACAAAACUAUAAAAAACACAACGUCAAAGGAUUAAGUUUUGUAUUGAUUGCAUCAUGGUUUGUUGGUGACUUUGCAAAGACUCUUUACUUUUACUUUAGUGGUGCACCAGUUCAAUUUAUUAUUUGUGGUGCUUUCCAAUUAAUCGUAGAUGUUGCUAUUACUUAUCAACUCUUUUUUUAUCCUCAAUGA